CCAAUGAGCUCUAAGGUGGCUGCUGCCGUGCCAGGGGCUGUGACUGCCUCCAAAAAGGAGUCUCCAGGAAGGUGGAGCCUGGGGGAGGACCCAGCAGCCUCGGGCCCUGCGCCCCAGUGCCGCGUGUGCGGAGACAGCAGCAGCGGGAGGCACUAUGGCAUCUACGCCUGCAAUGGCUGCAGUGGCUUCUUCAAGCGCAGUGUGCGGCGCGGGCUCAUGUAUAGGUGCCAGGUGGGCAUGGGGACGUGCCCCGUGGACAAAGCGCAUCGCAACCAGUGCCAGGCCUGCCGGCUGAAGAAGUGCUUGCAGGCCGGCAUGAACCAGGACGCCGUGCAGAAUGAGCGCCAGCCCCGGAGCACGGCCCAGGUCCGGCUGGACAGCACGGGGUCCAACAUCGAGCCCAAGCUCCAGGAGGCCACUCCCACCCUGGCAGGGACCAUCGCCCGGGGCCACCACUUCCUGGACAGCCUCAUAAUGGCUGAGACCUGUGCAAAGCUGGAGCCAGAGGACGCCGAGGAGGACAUUGAUGUCACCAGCAAUGACCCCGAGUUCUCAGUGUCCCCCUGUGGCCUGGACAGUAUCCAGGAGACGUCGGCUCGCCUGCUCUUCAUGGCCGUCAAGUGGGCCAAGAACCUGCCGGUGCUGUCCAGCCUGCCCUUCAGGGACCAGGUGAUCCUACUGGAAGAGGCAUGGGGCGAGCUCUUCCUUCUCGGGGCCAUCCAGUGGUCCCUGCCUCUGGACAGCUGUCCCCUGCUGGCCCCUGCCGAGGCCUCUGUGGCCGGCAGCUCCCAGGGCCGCCUGGCACUGGCCAGCACAGAGCGGCGCAUCCUGCAAGAGACCGUGGCCCACUUCCGGGCACUGGCAGUGGACCCCACAGAGUUCGCCUGCAUGAAGGCCCUGGUCCUCUUCAAGCCAGAGACACCGGGCCUGAAGGAUCCCGAGCAUGUGGAGGCCCUGCAGGACCAGUCCCAGAUGAUGCUGAACCAGCACAGCAAGGCCCACCACCCCGGCCAGCCCAUGAGGUUUGGGAAGCUGCUCCUGCUCCUCCCGUCUCUGAGAUUCCUGACUUCUGAGCGCAUUGAGCGUGUCUUUUUUUGCAAGACCAUAGGGAACACCCCCAUGGAGAAGCUGCUUUGUGACAUGUUCAAAAACUAGGAAGAGCAGAUGAAAGGUUUCCAACCAUUCUGGGAAGCUAAACACCUGCCUUCAUUUGACCCAGCAAUUCCACUUCUAGGGUAUGUGUUCCUGGCAGAAAUGUACCCCAAAAGAUGCAUGAGGGUUGGGGACAUAGCCCAGAGGAACGGCACUUGCCUUCCAUGCACAAGGCCCUGGGUUCAACCCCCAGCACCAC